CGCGAAGGACGUGCCGCUCCGUAGUUCGCUGUCCCGCUCUCCAUUACUCUGUCGCUCUCGCUCGCUCGCUCACGCCGUCUGCCGUUUCGCAUUUGUUGUUUGCCACUUUUUCGCGCCACCCCAAAAAAAAUAGAAAGAUACGAGUGUAAAAACCGAAAAUCAGUAUCAGAAAGUUAGUGCCGACCGUUGGUGACGUCAGAGGCUGGGAAAAAUCGGCAGGAUGUCUGCCAAUAAUCAGCAGCAGCAGGCGGAUCCCUCGGCCGCCGUGGUGGCCCCCGCAGCCUCCUCGGAAUACCUGAAACGCACCUGCCUCAUCUGCGGCUGCCACACCAACCAGACGAUCAAUAUCUACGAGCCCCGCUCCGGACCCAAUAUCGUCCAGCUAAUCCAGGCGAAAUUCAAAUUUCAGCCCUUGAACGAGGACAAAUUCCUCUGCUUCAGCUGCAACAACUGGCUGAUCAACUGGCAUUCCCUGCAGACGGUCAACAGCAAUGAGGCCGAAAGCCAGAGCCAAAGUCCCUCGCACAUGGGCAACAGUGUGCUGCAGCAGGAGAGGACCAAGCUGCGUCCGGUGGCGAUGGUUCGCCCCCAGGUGCGCGUCCAGCCCCAAUCGCAGCCACAGCCCCAGCCCCAAGUGCCAGUCAAUCCCGCUCCCGCACCCAUAAUCUACGCGAAGCGGAGGAGCAGCAGCAGACGCAGUGCCUCCGUCAGCCGGAUGAGCCGAGUCCUGCGACAAUGCUGCCUGGAGAGUCUGCGGCGGAGUCCCAAGAAGCGGAGUCCGCAGUCGGUGUUCGUGUACCUCAGGCAGGGUCAGCGGCGGAGCAAUGUGAUCUGCAAGGUGGAGUGUGUGGCGCCGCGAAGGAAGCCAGCGGUGGAGCGGCUGGUCAAGGAGGUGGCUCCCACACCCACACCCCCAGUCGCAGCAAUGUCGAGUUCCCCACCCACUUACCAAAGAUUCCCGCAGCCCAGUGUGGAUGGCAAAGUAGUGGCCAUGUUCCGGCGACUGGGGACCACACUGAGCAGGGAAGAACCGCCCGCAUCUUCAGCAGAAUCAACCACCUCCACCUCGAAUGUGUCGACGCGACCCCCGCAGAUCAUGAGUCCCCUCAAACAGAAACCGCGCUGGACGCGGGACCUCGAUGAAGAUGAGAUACUGCUGGAAUUCGAUAGUGCCAUAUCCGAAGUCCUGCCAACCACCAAUGUGCGACGCUGCCUCAGCUAUCAGGUUACCCACGAGGAUGACAAAGAGAACGGACGAGCUGAGGAAAUGGAGCUGGAUGGGGAGGAGGACGAGGAGGAGGAGGAGGACCAGGCGGAACAGGAAGCGGAAGCGCCACUGGAACCGCAGAGCCACCGCAAGGAGGACACCAGCCACCAAGAUUCCCACCAAGCUUCGCUCCAACUCGCCGGCCUGCGAUUACCACUGGGCCUUAGUAUUAGCCUGGUCUAAAAGAAAACAGAGGGUCCAAGUAACGCCCACAAAACCACAAGAAUAGUCAAAUUGCAUGCACAAAAUCAAGCAAAUUAUGAGCAUUAGCGAAUGUCUAAUUUAAUAGUACCUCGAAUACAUUUUAAUUGUUAGUCAAAUACCUUAAUUAAUUAGCGGACAAAAAACACACACAAACAAAAGACCUAAGAAUGUUAAGUUAACAGGAUGUGGAAAGCUAUAUUUAAAAUAUACAUAUUAGUCAUAGGCAACUCCCCGUUUAUCCCAAAACAAAACAAAAGACACAAAAACUCCCCUCGAGCCAAGCCAAUGUAGAUGAAUUUGUUUGUUUGCUCCAAAAAGACAAAAGUAUUACAAAAUAACAAGCGAAUAAAAAUAGCACAAAA